AAUUCUCAAAUCCCAUCUUUUAUUCAUUCUAAAUAAUGUAAAUGUAAAUUCACAUUCACAUUCACAUUCACAUUCACAUUAUUUCAAGAACAAGACAAAACCCUACUUUGUAUUCUCCUUCAAAUUCAGAUCCCCCUCUCAAACUCACAGUUGGUAACAUAACCCAAUCAAACAAGAAAAGGAAAACAAACGCUUGCACAAUAUAAAAAACGUAAAACGGUGUCGUAUUGAACAACACAAGAAAAAGAAGAAUGAGGUGCAAGAAACACUUACCGGAUCUUACCAGCACCGUUGGUGUUUGCGCCUCUUGCCUUCGCGAUCGUCUCCAACCUAUUCUCGAGGCCCAGGCUAAAGCCCAGGCCCAACCAUCUCAUUUCGUUGCCUCCGAGACUGAUCCUCUAUCUUCGCAACCUAAUUUUCCCAGGUCAGUUUCUCCGUACGUUAAUUGCCGGAAAUCCGAUGACCGCCGGCGGGAGGUUUUGUUUCACACCAUGGCGGAGGUUGAGCAGGGAGUAUCCGCUGCGUGCGACGGCGGAACGGUAUCUUCUUCGAAGAGGAGGUUUAGGAGAUUCUGGAUCCUAUCGAAUUUGUUCCGUUUGAAAUCGAACAAGACGGAUAAUUCGUCUCGCGAAUCAUGCGAACCGUCAUCGUCGGUGACUCCUCCGUCAUUGACAUGGCUAUCGACGAUCGUACCCGCUCGCCGGCAGAACAACCGCGUCAGCGAUCAAAGAAGAUGCAGUCAAUUGGAUCGGGGAGCUUCACCGGUGGAGAGUUUUGACGGACGCGAUUUAUCGGCUACUGGAUGCUCAUCGGAAUCUUCACCGCAGCGGCGGAAUAAGACGACGGCGAUAACGACGCGGCGGUCAAGGCUAGGUUACGCGGGAAAAAGCUUAACGAGUAUGGCGUUGUGUUUGAGCCCGUUGGUUCGGGCGAGUCCGAACCGGCACUGGAAUAGCCAUAAGGGGUUGGCGCAGGAAUUGGGUGCGGGUGGGGUACACCAUAUAUCUACUGCGGCCUCUUUUUGCGCCAAUCGAUCAAGGAAGCUUGUUGAUUUUGGGAGAAUCGCUCACAACCGUUGAUGUUACUGAUUAUUGGCGUCAUUUUACGGUGGUAAUUUCUUUUUAUGUAAAUUCUCUCGAUGUAAUGUGAUCUGUAGUGUAUACUCUUAUUUUUAUGUAGAGAAAAAUGAUUUUACAAUUUUUUUUUUUUCAGUUUAGAUAACUAUCUUUGGCAAUUGAGCUGAAUUACUAAUCAUAAUCAAUCUUUAGAUAUUUUUUAUAAUAA